GACUUCAACGUUCUUCGCCUUGACCUCAAGCUCGGAUCACAUCACCCUUCAUCUUCAGCCGCCUCCCUCGUUUCUCAGCUCGAAAAGUCGUCUAUUGCCAAUCUUCUUGACGAGCGAAUCAAUACCUCUAUCAACCACGUUCGUAAACUACGUCUACGCGUUGAGGAUACCAGUUCAAAGGUUCUCGUCACUGGAGAUCUUAACGCCGGAAAAUCGACCUUUGUCAAUGCAUUACUACGACGAGAGGUGAUGCCCGUCGACCAGCAACCAUGCACAACUGCUUUUUGUGAAGUGCAUGAUGCCGCCGAGAACAAUGGUUUCGAAGAGGUCCACAUCUUGAGGGACGAUGUCACUUAUGAUCUGACGAACGAGUCGACAUUCACUCGGGCUUCCAUCGCCGACUUGGAGCAGAUUGUCGCUGACAAUGACGAACAUCAACCCAAGAUCAAACUCUAUCUUGCCGACACCCGGGCUCCAUCGGAGUCGCUCCUCAACAACGGUGUCGUUGACAUUUCUCUCAUCGACGCCCCUGGCUUGAAUCGCGACAGCCUGCACACAACGGCUGUUUUCGCCCGUCAGGAGGAAAUUGACGUCGUUGUCUUCGUCGUCUCAGCAGAGAACCACUUCACUUUAUCUGCAAAAGAAUUCCUCGAGACCGCCAGCAACGAAAAGGCAUAUCUUUUCAUAGUCGUCAACAAGUAUGAUCAGAUCAAGAACAAGGAAAAAUGUCGUCGUUUAGUGCUCGAGCAAAUCAAGGAGCUCAGCCCUUGCACGUACGAAGAUGCCGAGGAUCUUGUCCACUUUGUUGACUCGGCCUCGGCACUCCAGCCAUUUAUCGCCAACCCAGCCUUUGACGACCUUGAGCAAUCACUCCGGUCCUUUGUCCUUGUUAAGCGGUCAAAGUCUAAACUCCACCCUGCCUCCACCUACCUUUCCAACCUUCUCUCCGACAUCGAACUUCUUGCAGGGGCGAAUGCCAUUGUUGCUGAUGCCGAGCUCCAGCGCGCUCGCGAUGAUCUGUCGCAAGCUAGGCCAGUCCUCGAAAAGAUGAAGGAGGGACAUGAUAAUCUUGAAGAGGCUCUGGAAGCGGUGGAAGAGACAGGUGCUGGAAAGGCCAUAUCACAAACCAGGACGGUUCUCAACAAAGCCCUCGAACGCGUUGGGCAGGGUAACCUGGGCGUUGAUAAGCCGCUCAUUCCCAUGCCGUCAUACCCUGGGCUUCUAGGAAUUUGGGGUUAUGUCCGUGAUGUUCGCCGAGCUCUGCUUGCCAGUUUGGACGCGGCUGUCAGGUUAGCGGAGGAUGAAGCGCGCCAGCUCACCUCCAACGGAGUUGGCGAGAUCAAGGCUCUUGGAGAUCAGCAUCUGCCUGAGGGCGUUGAGAGGAGCAGGAGAGUAUUCAUGCCGGAGGCGAUGUUCAGCCUUACAAGGAAGGCUGGUAAAGGCAUGAAAAACAGGCGAUCAUCGUCACACAACAACAUUGGAGAUUCGAGUCCAAGCGCAUUAGGCCUCUUUAGCGUUGGCCUUGGUGCGCUGACCAUGGUUGGCAGCCAGGCAAUCGGUGUAAGGGGCGUAAUUGAAGGCAUUGUCCGUAUCGCAGACCUCUUCGAAAAUGAAUCCACCCGCAAGUGGGCUGCAACCGUCUUUGGAGCAGCCACUAUUGGCAUGACGGCGUACCUCGUCAUGGAACUUCCAAGCUCCAUCCCUCGCACGGUCGGUCGCAGGGUGAAGGCGUCCGUGACUGAGGUUCAUUUUGUUGAUGCUCACGCUGGACGGAUCAGUCGUGAGACGAGGAAAGUGUUGCGUCUUGCCUCGUGGGAUUUGAGGGAACGGUUCAGGGGUGCUAUGGAGGAGCGAGCGAAGGAGGUGAAAGGUUGCGAGGAGAUGGAGAAACGAUCGUUGCGUGCCAAAGAGAAAUUCGAAGGCUUUACUCAGCGAACUGGUGAGAUCAGGGGGCACGCACAGUUGGAGAGCAUUGGUGUCUAA